UCCAGUUCUUAUAACACAUCCAUGGGCUAACCAUAACCCUGCAGCAGCAGUAGUAACUGUGAGCUAGUAUCGCGGCACAGGGCCGUUAAAGCGCGACUGAUCUACGCAUGCGCAGGAAAGAGACUAAGCGAAAUAAAACCGGGUUCCAUUAGUGACUGAUGUGACACUGGAGCUGCAGCUGCUGCUGUCUGACAUUACACUGUACAGUUCAAGAAACACCAUGCCGCCGCCGAGCAGGACCAAAACCCGGCCUGGGAGUGAGCCUGGGAGUGGGACUGCCCGGUUCAUUUCUGGAGUGGUGGAAGGUUUUUAUGGGCGACCAUGGACUAUGGAGCAAAGAACAGAGCUCUUCAAAAGGUACAAUAUGUGUACCUUAUUUGCCAUGUGAACUAUUUGGCGGACUUGGAUGUGUUCAACAGGGAGCAGAAGUGGGGACUGAACUCGUACCUUUACGCCCCCAAAGAUGACUACAAACACAGGAUGUACUGGAGAGACCUGUACUCUGCAGAGGAGGCUGAACAACUCGUGGCUUUGAUUUCAGCAGCUAAACAGCACAACGUCGAGUUCAUCUAUGCCCUCUCUCCUGGCCUGGAUAUUACUUUUUCCAGCCCUAAAGAGGUCGCCGCCCUGAAGAGAAAAUUAGAACAGGUGAGAGAGUUUGGCUGCAGAUCCUUCUCUCUGCUGUUUGACGACAUCAAGUCAGAGAUGUGUCCAGCUGAUAAACAGGCGUUCAGCUCCUUUGCCCACGCUCAGGUGGCCGUCACCAAUGAGGUGUACCAGCACCUGGGAGAACCUGACAUCUUCCUCUUCUGUCCCACAGAUUACUGUGCUAAAUUAUGCACUCCCAACGUGCCUCAGUCAUCUUACCUGCUGACUGUGGGAGAGAAUCUUCUGCCUGUUAUCGACAUACUCUGGACAGGUCCUAAAGUGGUGUCCCACAAAAUCUCAGUAGAGUCCAUAGAAGAGGUUUCCUCUGUCCUAAGAAGGGCACCAGUCAUUUGGGACAAUAUCCACGCAAACGAUUACGACCCUCAGCGACUUUUCCUCGGGCCCUAUAAGGAUCGACCCACCGAGCUGAUUCCCAAACUGAGAGGAGUGCUCACCAAUCCCAACUGUGAGUUUUACCCAAACUUUGUGGCCAUCCACACUUUGGCUACAUGGUGCAAGGCUGCGACGCAUGGAGGAGCGAGGGACGUGGAAAUGGGCGAAGAGGAGGACGACCUGUGCUACAGCCCUCAGAAAGCUCUGAGCCUGGCCCUCAGCGAGUGGCUGCAGGAGUUCCUGAGCACGGAUCCACCUGGAGAUGAGGAGCCCAUGCAAACAGACAUCGGAGAAAGCUGCUAUGUUCCCGGGCCUGGUGAGAAACCACUGUUCACAGCUGAACCUCUGACCCUGGAUGACCUGAAGCUGCUGUCGGACCUCUUCUACCUGCCUUACGAACACGGGGUCACAGCCAGGACCAUGCUGCAGGAGCUGGACUGGCUCAAGAACAACAGCUGCGCCACCACUGCAGAAACAGACAAGACAGCAGAGUGGCGCUCGAGAGCGCAGCAGUUUGACGACAUGUGUGAAUCGGUGACGCAGAUGUUUGACCGUCUGUCAAACGCCCCGAAGCGCAGUGUCCUCUACGACCUCUACAACUACAUCUGCGACAUUAAGAGCAGCGUGGGUAUGGCCCGUGCCUAUGUGAAAACAUUGGGAGGGCGGGGUCAACCCUCUGCCCACCUCAUGAACGAUGAUCCUGAACCCUGGAGAUUCAGGGGAGGACUCUCAGGAGAGUUCCAGAGAAUGUUGCCAGCACAUGGAAACAGGGACUUAUUCAGAUAUCCACCCAUGACGUCAGUGUACAGCAUACGGCCGUACUGCCCCGAGGAUAAGAUAGAGGUGCAGAGGAUUUUCACAGAGAUGCAGAGAGCAGGAGAGGGCCAAAUCCCCCAGGUGACACAGUCUCCGCUUAUGUGCGACAGUCUGUCAGCAGGUGACGUGUCCCCUUCCCCGGACUGUGCGCUUGUCCUGGAGGAUGAGAUUGGGGUGUGCGGUUACGCGCUGGCACUCAUUGAUGCCAAACCAGCUGCAGCCAAGAUUCAGAGGGCAACAGGUGACUCUGUGUUUGAGGACUUCCCCUCCUUGAUUACUAUUCAAGUGCUUCCCCGGGUCAGCGAUCCUUCUCCAGCCAAGCGCAUGAUUGGCCAGCUGUUGUCCUGCAUCAGGAGCAGUGGUUCCAGAGGAGCGUUCUGUGAGUUGAGGGAGAACGAUCGGCGCAUGAUACAAUUUUACACUAAUCUGGGCUCCUUCAAACUCGCCAAAGUGGCCGGUUUACCUCACGAAGUCCUUACCAUGGCAACAAGCCUGUGAAACGUAUUGCUCACAAAUAUUCCCCCUCAGGUUUGACUGUUGAGAUCAAAACAAAAGGCCGUGCAAACAAUCAACCAACUGUAAUAUCAGUCAUGGUCAAAUUCUUUAUAAUUUAAGGUGGAUAACAGGAUUUCUUUUUUUAAAUCAUGUAAUGAACUAGCAGUUUCUUUGAUAUAUAUGCAUACAAUGUUAACAUAGUGGAAAUCUCCCAUAUUGAUCACAUUGCUAAUUACUGUUAACAGACUAUUAAAACCUAAUCUUAUUUUCCUUUUCUUUAUUUAUUACCAUUGACUUUACAUUUAUAUGAACUGCAGUGUGGUUGCCAGCAGCACGACACUUACCCCAGGUAGCAUCUGGACAUAGGACACUUCUGACGAUGAUGUGGUACUGCCCGGCUUUCAUCUGGCCCAGACAUAAUGGACGCGGGCCAAAAGUGAACCAAAUAUCCUUAUAAACACACGUGCCUGUAAAUAUGGCCUGAAUACUUUCAGACAAAUGUGGGCCACCUUUGGUAAAGAUGUGGCAUAAUCGCGGUCGUGACUGACACUUGGUGAUGCCGUGUUCAGCUUGUGGCGGGAGUGGAUCGACCCAAGUGCCAUCCAGAUGGCAAAACGUUUUCUAUCUGGGGCAGAUAUUAGCAUGCACACACAAAAACACAAAAUUGAUUUAUGUUGAGAGAGGAUGGUCAUGUUUAAAAAGACUCUGAUUGAAUGUGGUUAACGGACCACAAGAUUAGUGUAUUUCUGUAGCAGUGAGUCUCAGGUUUUUUGAUCCAUGUCAGCAAUUUAAUCGCUAGAAGAGGUUUCCAUUAUAUGUUGUAACACUUUACUAUAAGCAGUGCACUCAAAGACAAUUGAAAGUUCCAAUUUUAAUCUUUUUUUUUACAAAGAGGUUACAAAAGGAAUAUAUUAAGUUUAUCUUACCAUGGAAUCGCUGGUGUCUUGAAAAGCUGACAUGUUCAGACGAUUAACAUAAUGUGCGUUAAGGGUGACCAUUGCUUGACGGAUAUACAGUACACUUAAUAAAACAAAACUUCAGUGUAUCUAAAAAAAAAAAAAAAAAAAAAAAAACUUGGAAAAA